AUGUCCCAGUUCUCCGGUUUUGGCGUUGAAGUAGAACUCAAGGACGGCAAAGUCAUAUCGGGUACCGUGGCCAAAGCAAACGGUAAGUCUCUAACCCUCUCAGACGUCAUCUUCAGCGAUGGCGGGACAUCUCAGGUCUUCAAAGUCAAGGCCACGCGUCUGAAGGACCUCAAAGUCGUUUCCACGCCCAAACAUGUCGCUCCGGAAAAAUCCGCUAGCAAACUCACCUCCAAGAUCCCACCUUCUGCGGAAACGGGCUGGGAGGACGACGAUGCCGCUGCCAUCAAAAGACAAGACGAUUUCGACUUUCAAGAAAACCUCCGCAUGUUCAACAAGCAGGAUGUAUUUGCCAAGCUCAAGGAACAGGAUCAAGUGGGUCAAAACGCACGUCUGGUGUCGCACAACCUGCGGGACCGUAAAAUGGAGACUGACGAGCUCGUUAUCCCAGACGCCAAACAGGACAAUUGGGACAGUCUCGAGGAAGAAUCCACACAUACCGAAUAUUUGCCCAUCACCAAAUCUAUCAACAUUACCCAUCUUUUACAAACUGCAGGUGAUACGGAUACUAAAAACGAUCAAAUGCUGUCACAGCUGCAACGGGCGCUUAAAAGUCCCCGGUCCUCGUCCAUUUCCAAGAGUGCUGGCUUUGUUGCCGCUUCCACAGGCAUAGCGGUCCCAUGCGCAACUCCCGUGCAGCUUUUAGAAAUCGAGCGGGUAUCGAGCGAUUCUUUUGGAUUCACAUCAAAGCUGGCGCUAGAACAUUGGGCAAUUCACAUGUCACAGUUUGUAAAGCAAAAAAUGGGCGGCAGAGUUAGGCUGCACGCUCAAAAUUCCAAUCCACAGCCAUUGGUGGUCAUUCUUGCAGGUGAUAACAGAUGCGGUGCGCGCGGUUUGGCCCUGGGCAGAAUCUUGUGCCAAUCGUCCUUGGUCCGCGUGAUAGUACUGUUUACCAACACUCCUGAGGACCCUGAAGUAAACGAGCAAUGGCACUUGUAUCAGAAGAGCGGCGGUAAGACUGUCGAGUCUUUGCAGUCUUUGAAGUCAAGCUUAGAGAAACUGAACUCGCCCGUGGAAACCGUUUUCGAUGCCAUGCAGGGCUUUGACUCGAACCUGCAAGAUAUGUGCUCUGAUGCCAGUGACGAAGGACGUUUGGAAGAUAUUAUAAACUGGUGCAACUCACAAAAAUCUAUUUGGUCAUUGGACAUCCCCAGCGGGCUCGAUGCGGCAAGCGCGAUGCCCAAUUUCUUGGGUGUGCAUAUUAAUGCGACAACUGUGAUCUGUUUAUGCUGGCCAUUGACGGGGACAUACAACCUGAAGACCCAACUUGCAGAAAGGGGUCUGGAGAUUCAUCUGGUCGAUAUGGGGGUUCCUCAGGCCGUAUAUUCCACGCGUACGUCCUUACGAAAGUUCCAAAUCGCCGAUUUAUUCGUCACGGAGGGCAUGGUGCAGCUACUCUAG